AUGCACAAGCUGUCGUGUGACCGACGACUUUGGUUCCUCCUCAUCGUCGUCUUUUGACACGCUAAUCUUUUAUGGAAACAGAAAGUGUGGAAUUUAAACCGCAUAUCCUACGGUAUUUAAGGGUAGAUAUGUUUCAUUGACUGGUAAUGAGGUUUUGACGAAUGCACCAUCGACGGCGUAGGACAUGGCAGAAACUGAAGCUUCGCCCUUGAAGCAUUUUGUCGUGGCUAAAAAGAAAAUCUCUGCAAUUUUUGAACAACUUUUACAGUAUAUCACUGAUGGAGCAAUCUUUGUAGCAGAAAUACAAGAAAAUGAAGAACUACAACAGAUAUCUGAAAAAAUUCAAGAAGUACUUAAAAGCCAAGGAGAGAACAAAAGUCAAAGUGCAGAUAUAAAUGAGUACAAACAGAAGAUUUUGGGCAUCAGUGGGGUGCUAGCACGCCGGCACAUGAAAGUGGCAUUUUUUGGCAGAACUAGCAAUGGUAAAAGCACGGUUAUUAAUGCAAUGCUGCAAGAUAGAGUUCUUCCCAGUGGGAUUGGACAUACUACAAACUGCUUUCUGAGUGUGGAAGGCACAGAUGGGGAUAAAGCAUUUCUUAUGACGGAAGGAUCAGAUGAAAGGAAGAGUGUGAAAACAGUUAAUCAACUGGCUCAUGCCUUACACAUGGAUGAACAUCUAGACACUGGCUGCUUGGUGCAGGUUUUCUGGCCCAAAAUGAAAUGUGAAGUUCUCGGAGAUGAUUUGGUUCUAAUGGACAGUCCUGGAACAGAUGUUACGAUGGAACUGGAUAGUUGGAUUGAUAAAUUCUGUCAAGAUGCUGAUGUUUUUGUGCUUGUGGCAAACUCUGAGUCAACUUUAAUGAACACUGAGAAGCAUUUCUUCUAUAAAGUAAAGGAGCAUUUUUCAAAACCAAAUAUCUUUAUUUUGAAUAACCGAUGGGAUGCUUCUGCCUCAGAACCAGAGUACAUGGAGGAUGUUCGUAGACAGCAUAUGGACAGGUGUGUAAACUUUCUUGUGGAAGAGCUCAAGGCAGCUGAUUAUCAGGAGGCUCAGAAUAGAAUCUUUUUUGUGUCAGCUAAAGAAGUACUCAAUACAAGAAUGCACAAAGCUCAAGGCAUGCCAGAAGGAGGUGGUGCUUUAGCUGAGGGAUUUCAGGCAAGAUUGCAAGAGUUCCAGAGUUUUGAACAAGCGUUUAAGGAGUGUAUCUCACAGUCAGCAGUGAAAACAAAGUUUGAGCAGCACACAUUCACAGCUAAACAGAUCAUGAAGAAUGUGAAAGCUAUCAUGGAUGCAAUCAAUUUUGCAGCUAUUGACAAACGGAAACAGUCAGAGGAUAUGAAGGAAAAUAUUUUAAGCAACCUCAAUUAUGUUCACAAUCAGAUAAACAGACUCACUGAAGAUGUUAAGAAUAAAAUUCUCAAGAUUUCUGAAGAAGUGGAAACAAAGGUUUCUAAUGCAAUAACCGAUGAGAUUUGUCAUCUUUUUGUUUUGGUUGAAGAAUUCCAUGGAGAUUUUUACCCAUCACCCCAAGUGUUAAAAGCAUACAAGACUGAAAUCAACAGACACAUUGAGGAAGGCAUGGGGAGGAAUCUGACUGACCGGUGUAGCAAUGCAAUACAUGCCACAGUUCAGAGUGCCAAGCUGGAUAUGAUGGAAUCCCUGAAACCUUUGCUGCCACCUACUGCCUGGAGUCAAGUACACACCCUCAUCCCAUGCCGGAAUUUUGACCUAAACUAUAGCUUAAAUUGUUCCCAUCUGUGUGCAGAUUUCCAAGAAGAUAUUGAGUUUAAGUUCUCUCUUGGUUGGACUUCAUUAGUUAAUCGCUUUUUAGGACCUCAUAAUGCACGUAAAGCUUUACAGAUUUCUCAGACACUGGCAUCAACACCUAUCACCACCAGCCUUCCAUCUUUACCUCCAGAAAAUGCCACUCAAGAAGAACUUGUGGUUUCAGUGGUAACAGGCCUAGCUUCACUCACAUCAAGAACUUCAAUGACUGUCAUUAUAGUUGGUGGCGUGGUCUGGAGGACAGUGGGAUGGAGGGCCAUUGCACUUUCUGUUAGCUUGUACGGAUUGGUCUAUCUGUAUGAAAGAUUGACUUGGACAACCAAAGCCAAGGAAAGGGCACUUAAACGACAACUUGUAGACUACUUAACAGAGAAGCUGCAGAUGAUUGUUGGCUUCACAAGUGCAAACUGCAGUCAUCAGGUUCAGCAGGACUUGGCCGCCACAUUUGCCCAGCUUUGCCAGCAAGUGGACCUAACUGAGAAAAAUUUGGAGAAAGAAAUAGAGAGGCUAUCCCUAGUGAUUGAGCAGCUGCAUGACUUGGAAAAGCAGUCUCACACCUUAAGAUCUAAAUCAGCUGGACUUGAAGCUGAGCUGGACAAUUUUAUAAAACAGUAUUUGUAGUUGCCUCAUUGAAGUGUUUUUUUUUUUUUUGAGAGAACUAAAAAUUCAACAAAAUGUACAACACAAAACAAUAUUUCUAAGUAAAUUUUUAUACCUGCUAAAAUAUUAAAGCUGAAAAACUUUAAUGGAGGAAUUCUGUUUAUACCUGUUGUUGUUAUUUGAUAUACUGAGAGAGGAGUAUUAGAAAAUUGCAGUGUACAUUACAGUCCACGUAACUGGCAUCAGAAGCAGAAUCCUACAGGCCUUUCUUUGGGUGUUUUUUUAAAUACUCAAAUCAUCCUUCUGCUAAAAUUUAACUGGGAGUUUCUUAUUCCUGAAUAGACACAGAAUGCAAAGUGUUAACAUUUUGGAGCACGUCAGCUAAUGUUAUCAAGAACUCUGUGCACCUUUGCCCUCUAACUGAUAAAGAAAUGAGGAUAAAAUGAAAAAUGAAAAGGCAGCUUAACACUGCCUGAGCACCUUUUGAAGUUGAUCAUGACUACUCCACCAUUUGUCACUUGUAAAGGUAACUAACCCAUGUUGACAACUGCCUUUUAUUGUCAAAAUAUACAUCUCUCACUGAUCUGCAAUUUUCCUUUCAGUAAAAUUUUAUUAAUAUAAGAAAGUGCACAAAUUAAAAGAAAGAUGUACAUAUCGGUGCAAUGACAUAAAGGUGAUAGAAUAAGGGCAUUUCACACAUAUCCACAAGUUGAAGCGUUUAGCAAUGGUGAGAAUGUACCAGGAGACGGAACACAACUUGUCUGAUCUGGACCCUUUAUAAAUGUGGGGUCUUCUGGGAAUUUUGAGCAACGUUUGCCCCAGCAGUUUCUCAGCUCAGCACAUAGUGUUAACUGCCCAUCAGGGUAUAUGGAUGGCAUUACUGAGCGAGGCUUGUAUAUUACUGAACAAACAUCAACUGGUCCUCGUGUGCCUUCACUGGUAAACCAAAACACCUGAGCAACUGGCCAGACUGGUUAGUAAAACUUCACAAAUUACUAAAGCUCCUGCAUUUUGAAACAAUACUGUUGGGCACCCCCACCCUAGACAAAAAAAUUAAACAAGCCAAACCUUAGCACACCAUGCAGCCGUGCACCCUCUGUUGGCAGCAGUGUGUGUGUGUGGUUGUGUUCUGCCAGUUGAGGUGCACUGGUAGCCCUGAGGGCAUCAGCUUCUGGUACAGCAGAAUUUACAGGUACAUUUUUUUUUUUUAGUUUGGCAUGUAAAUGUCAGCAGGUCUUUGAGUCCACCUUUCCAAUUCACAUACACACAGAUGCAAACCUCAAAAACCACACACUGGAGUACAGGACCUUGGCCAGCGCAUUGUGUGAAUGAACAAAUCCUAGGAAAUGAUUGUGAUGAUAAACUGGAGUUUCCUGGAUCGUGCAGGGAGAAGCUGUUGUGUGACACAAUAUAGCAUCCUGCCCCAAAUGUUGAAGAAACCAAAUUCGUACCCAGCAGAUAGUAGUCAUAGCCAAGUAAACAACUCCAUAAGAGUCUGUGUGGUCCUGACAAAGGUCCCUUUGUCACUGUAGUACCCUGCUGUGGGAACUGGCCAUUGUCACACCACUCCACAUUAACGGGGGUCAGCCCUAGCAGGCGGAUAAACAAAGUGGUGGUGGCAUUACAUAAUUGCUUGACGUCAGUCCCAGGGUGGUAGAGGAGCAGCCCUGGCACAAAGUUGUUUGCUGGGUGUGAUUUUGCUUACUGACCUCACUAAAAUGUGAGCUGGGAGCCCCAUGUAAAUAGGGGAUUUGGUAACCUGCUCUACCUGUGGCAUGAAACACUCAAAUCAAGCAGGGUGAAAUAUUAUAGAUUUGCAGUUGUGCACAUCUGUCAGAACAGCCAGUUUUCAUUCAUGUCUGUGUUCAGAAUCAGUGGAGCACAUCACAGUUGUUUAUCAGCACUUUCUGUGGGCCGCUGUUCAUCGAAGGCCACUCCAAAAAGCUUCUGAGAAUCGGUUCUCUGUCACCCCUCCGUCACAAUACUUUUUUUUUUUUAUUCCCCUUUUUAAUGUGACGGUAACACCUCAGACUGCUGCCUUGUAUUAGGAGUGGCAGCCUUUAAAAUGGCACUGCCAUCUCCAAGUAGACAUUUCAUGUAGGCUGUCUCUUCUGGCAAUCGUGUGCAAGCUGCUUCAAAUCCACGGGUUUCCUCAUUAGGCAACUCCCCAUUAAGGUGCCUUUCAUUUUUGAAUUGUCCUCAUACUUGUUAACUGGUUAUCCUGUACACAAGUCCAGUGAAGAGGAGUUUAAAGGUGUAAUCUGGAGCACCCCACUGAAAACACAGGAUUUUGCUUUCGAUGUCAGGCAGCGUUCUGAUUUAUAAUCAGUCUUCUAGCUGGAGCAACUGUUACACUCCAAAGGGGCAAUCCUGGCACUGAGGUGGUGUUUUGAGCAGCCCUCUUGGCAUACGACGCAGGCCAUCUAGAUUUUCUGAUCAGGUUGCGUCUCAUAUUUCAUCCAACCCAUAAUUUUAUUUUUUUUUUUUUUUUAAACUGGUGAAACAAACAACAUGGACAUGAGAAUGAGGACCCCUCAUCACUUGGGUGUUUUUGAGAACAUAUUAAGUGGUUGCUUUUACUAAUAAUGAACAGGCAUGCCGAUAAGAAUGACAAACAGAAGUGAACUUAAAUUAAUGAACAAGUGCUAACUUGAUCUACACAGCGGCUAAAGAGUGCGGCUCUGAAUCUGGAAAAAUAAAGGCCUGUAGCCGUCAGUGCGGCCCUCCUGGAUCAGAACCGUCCACACCUACUAAAACUGUAUGGGGGUCCUUAGUAAAGCUUUGAACAGAACAGGUUUAUUACUUGUGUAAGGCAGAGAGAGCCCCUUGUAAAGCAGUGUUUGUCACUUGUUUGAAUAUAUUUAAGAAUAAAAUGUAAUUUAUUUGA